AUGCGCCUUUCACACCAGGCGCCUUCUUGGAAAACGUCAUGGAUGUUCCGGGAGACCACCGAGCUGCCCGUUCGCACAAUAAAGGCAACAACACUGGAGCCAGAUGGCACCAAGGUGUCGUCUGAGCGUGGCUUCGAGACCUUGUGUAGCUACAACUGGCAGUGUGAUGGAUCCAUCUAUGUACCUGGUGCACCUCCGAGGUGGAACCCUCCACCACUGCCGACCACUCUGGCUCAGGACUCAGGGAGACACUUCGUCGAUCAGAACGCAUCUCGCGUGCCCAAGUAUCCUUUCGAGCCAGCCUUCGCUGCCCUUGCUGUGAUGGGUCCCGACGUCGUGCUAGAUCAAGUCGACAUCAUCGCCAACCGCAACAGUCUUCGCAAGCUACUCGAUUUUUCGGCUGGGAGGAAACUGGACAUUUUCUGCAUGGGCUUACACAUGGUCGGCAAUACGCUCGUUAUUAGCCGUAAAGAACGGAACGCUCAGCAAAUGAUCCAUGGUGCACCGAACGCGGGCUACGGACAUAACUUCGAGAAGACCUUCACGAUGCCUGAUCAUGGAAUGGGGAACUCUAGCAGUCAUCACAGAGUCAUUCGGUACCAUAUCGGCCCUUUGAACUGCGUUGUCCGUUUUGAAGUCGAUGCGUAUUACGAUGACCCGGAUGUCGGCCUGGACUCGAAGUCUGAACAGCCUAGGGAUGAGCCCGUUGGCACCGUGAGCGCUGCUAUGACACAACUGAAUAUUGCAGGCCUGCCACCAACUCAAACUAAACCUCGAAAGACUCCCGCCGAUAAGCCUACCGUAGUUGUUGAAAAGGGAAUCUUCAUCGACCCGUCCAAGCUCGCUGAGAUCAAAGCCAAGAAGGCCGCACGUCUUACAGAAGCACUACCGCAGCUUUGGUUCGGCCGUACGCCCUACUUUAUGAAUGGCAACCAUGACAAGGGUACGGUGCACUCGGUGAGCAUCAGUGAUGCUGAGAAGGAGUACCCCCGAUGGGAGGAAGCGAACCAAGACAGGCUACGCAAGAUGGUGAGUUUGCUUGCAGAACUAAGGGAUGCCGUUGCAUGUACGAAGGAGUGCGCAGCCGUGCUAGUUUACGAUGAGAAAGGUGGGUCGUUGAAGGUAUAUGCGAUGAAGACGAAUCAUGGCGUACUGCCUAGUGAAACCAUCGCGAAGCACUGGACCAACGCUGGAGGUAACGCGGGAUAA